UUAUUCUGCCAGUCUCAGCUUUUGCCUGCAUGUGUUUCGUUUGCUCGUCGGCUUUGCAAGAGCACACUUUUUCGUGUUUUUACUAAUAAUAUAGCUCCGACUACAAACUCAGUCGUGUCCGUACUAUAUAUAACGAUACCAAAACUGCCCCAAAAUGAUUUUAGUGGAUAUUUAUGAUAUGGCCGGAUGGUGGACAUUAGUCAUCGCUCUGCAAGUAGUUUUUAUAUCAACUUAUUACUACUUGUACGCGAAGAGGAAGUCGAAAAAGCGUUACCAGGAGAACCAGUGUAAGGAAAAGUCUGUGGAGUGGAAACCAUUGCCGUUGAUCGAGCAUGACGUUGUUGUUGAAGAACCCCCUUUAAUGGGUAGGAUUGACGACAAAGUGUUGAAUGUUGGUGCUACCAGUUUCUUAAACCUGGACAAAGAAGAAAGCAUAAUGGAUAGUGCACUGAAAUCUCUGAGUAAAUAUGGUGUAGGGUCCUGUGGUCCCAGAGGGUUCUAUGGGACCAUAGAUGUCCAUUUAGAACUAGAAGAGAGACUGGCCAAGUUCAUGGAGGUGGAGGAAACCUGUGUAUAUUCCUAUGGCUUCUCUACCAUAGCUAGUGCCAUUCCAUCUUAUGCUAAAAAGAACGAUAUAAUUUUUGUGGAUGAAAAAGUCUGGUUCGCCAUCCAAAAAGGCUUAGAUGCUGCCCGAAGCACGAUCCGAUACUUCCGUCACAAUGAUGCAGACCACCUUGAGGAAUUACUCUCUGAAGCAGCUAAAAAAAAAGAACUGAACCCCAAAAGGAGAGCAUUCCUCGUCACCGAAGCUAUCUUUUUUAACACCGGUGAAAUGUGCCCAUUGAAAAGAAUGGUGAAGUUGGCACGGCAAUACAAACUACGAAUAAUUUUGGAUGAGAGCCUGACUAUUGGGGUCAUAGGCAAGCACGGGCGCGGCAUCACGGAGUAUCUGGACAUUCCUCGCGACGAGAUCGACCUGAUAGUGGGCUCGCUGGAGCACUCGUUCGCGACCAUCGGAGGCUUCUGCGCCGGCACGCACUUCAUCGUCGAGCACCAACGAUUGUCCGGGCUGGGCUACUGCUUCAGUGCGUCUCUGCCGCCGAUGUUGACGCAGGCAGCGAUAUCGGCUCUCGAUAUCAUAGAGGAAAAACCGGAAAUCAUCGACGAACUGGACGAAAUCUCUAGGAAAUUGAACAAGGCGCUCUCCCAACUGAAAUACUACACAUUCCGAGGCAACGAAAUUUCCCCGAUCAAGCACAUUUACUUAAAGAAGGAAGAAUUGACUGAUCGUUUGAAGCAUAGUUAUUUGAAGAACGUCACCCAAUAUUGCUUAGAAAAGGGCGUUGCUAUGACGGUAGCUGCUUACCUCAGGGACGUCGAACACGAUUGUCCCGAGCCGUCGAUUCGUUUAGCGUCGAAUAGGAAACUGAAUGAUGAUAAUAUUGACCUAAUAUGUUCGUUGUUGGACGAAGCUUAUGAAAAGGUAGGUCCGAAACCCGAUUUGCAACCUGUUUGAUUUGUUGGAUGUUAUUUAAGGUUUGUAUUGAACUUUGUACAAUGAUUGGAGUGGAAAGAUAUUGUGUAUUAGUAAACGCUAGGUGGUUUAUAUAUGUAGAGCAGUGAUGGCGAACCAAUGGUACGGGUGCCACUGAUGGCACACAUCAAAAUAAUUUGGGCACGGCGAAUCAAUUACAUGCGUGCCACUGAUGGCACGAAACAAAAUAAUUUGGGCACGGCGAACCAAUGCACGGCAUUAAUUUAGGAGUAAGUUGUUUAUAAACUUAACCAGAUGCUCAGAGACAUUUGAGUAUCACUUAUAAUUAUUUUCUCUUUUAAAUUGUACGAAAACUUGUGCCUGAUAAACGAUAAUGUCUUUAAAGUACAGUGGUGGCACGUCGUGCCUACAUUGAAUAUUUAUUUGGGAGAAACGGCAAGUAAGUGUAUAAAGGUUCACCACCCCUGACAUAAAACAACUCGGCCCUCUGGUGACUGAGUUUUCAAAUACAAGACAAGGAUACAAGUUUUGUUUUUUUUUUGAAACAGUUAAUAUUUAGGAAUUAUUUCUCAUACAAUUGACAGCUAGCCGUCGCUUUAAAUUUUCUCGAAUUGGUUUUUAAAUUUUAUUAUUUGACUUCAAAUGCAAGGGUGCCAAUAUAUUUGUGUGUGUGUGUAGAUUUGUCGUAUAUGGAAUUAAAAACUUGGCCGGAACGGUAUACGCUAUAAAUAAAUGGAAUUAUUUAAAUCCUUGUACAAAGUUCACACAUAAACCAUUAUGAUUAAGUACAUAUUUCAUUAAGGAAUACAUUUUAUUUAUUUUGUGUA